AUGUUUUCACAAAUUGUUUCGGAUAAAAUUGAUAGAUUUCGCAAAAGUUUCAUUUCGAAUCAAGUGUUUGAGGCUUUGCAGCCGUUAUUUUUUCUCACUUUUCUAUACGGUUUAACGCCAUUUCGUGUUAUCAAAAAUAAAGAUGGCGAAAGUAAUGUGCAAAUGUCAUUUUUCGGUUUUGUUAAUAUUGCCGUUUAUAUAUUGUUGUAUGGCUGCUGUUAUAUAAUCUCACUGCUGCAAGACGAAACUAUGGUGGGUUAUUUUUUUCGUACGAAAAUUUCCAAUGUCGGUGAUACAAUGCAAAUUUGUAAUGGUCUUAUAACCGGUGCCGUUAUAUACAUUUCGGCCGUCACUCAGAGACGAAAAUUAUUAAGAGUCUGUCGUAUACUCUAUAGUUUGGAUACGAAUUUCGCUAAUAUUGGCAUAAAAGUGAAAUAUUCGCGUAUUUAUCGUUAUUCUAUAGUUAUGAUUAUAUUUCAAACUGUUGUGAUUGGUGUGUAUUUUGCCGGUGUUUUUCGUUUGCUAAAAUCCAUGAAAGUUACACCAUCGUUUAGUGUUUGUGUUACAUUCUUUUUGCAACAUUCUGUCUUAUCGAUUGCCAUAUGUUUGUUUUGUUUUAUGGCACGCAGCUUUGAACGACGUUUGGUAAUAUUAAAUAAGGGUGUUAUUAAAACAUCAACAACCACGCAUUGUGGCAGCAAUGAAUUGCAACAGGUUUAUGGCGGUUAA